UACCCGAGGCGUCGCUCUUGUUCUCUCUCCAUCUAUCUUUCUCUCUCUCGCUCUCACACUACAGCAUAUAGCCUACUACGGUCUACGACUCGUGUGCUCAACUUUUCUCCUCGUCUCGCGGGUGCGCAUUCGUUCGCUCGCUUCACCAAUUUAACGCGCACACCUUCUUCCUCUCUCUCGCGGCGCUUGUGGCCAGUCGUGCUCGCUCGCUCUGCUCUCGUUUCAUUUUUUUUUGCCUUUAGUUGGAGGAAACUCUUGCUAAAGUCGCACGAGCUCACACAAAAAAUAUAAUAUAUAUAUAAAAAAAACAUGAAUCCCGAAAAACUGAAGAAGCUUCAAGCCCAAGUGCGCAUCGGUGGCAAGGGUACACCCCGUCGCAAGAAGAAGGUCGUCCACGCCACCGCAGCCACAGAUGACAAAAAACUUCAGAGCUGUCUGAAGAAAUUGUCAGUGAAUACCAUUCCUGGCAUCGAAGAGGUCAACAUGAUCAAAGAUGACGGUACCAUUAUUCACUUCAACAACCCAAAAGCACAAGCCAGUCUGCAGGCAAACACUUUCGCCAUCACCGGUCAUGGUGAAAACAAGCAGAUCACCGAGAUGCUCCCAGGCAUUCUCAGCCAGCUCGGACCAGAGGGUCUCACCCAGUUGAAACAGUUGGCCGCCAGCACCGUGGCCAACAGCGCAGCUUUCAAAGGUGGUCUUGGAGAGGACGAUGAAGUACCUGACCUCGUUGGAAACUUCGAUGAGGCUAGCAAAGAAGAGGUUGCACCCAAAACUGAGGCUGCUGAAGCCGUUAAGGUUGAAGAGAAGAAAGUCGAAGAAGCUAAAGAAUCAAAAGAAGCAAAAGAUAAAGCACCUGCCAAACAGGAAGCUUAAUUCUGAAUCCAAAUGCAUGAAUUAUGAACACACAGCUCACUUAUUGAGCUGAUAUACUUUACAACAUCAUGAAAGAUCUUUUGACACCAACAAGAUGAAACUUACAUUUAUAUUGUGACCUACAUAUGUGGAAAAUGAUCAAGUUAACUUGAAAAUAUUAUAUUGAAGAGUGAUGGUUAUGAUAAUAAAUGAAAGAAUAGUUUUAUGGAUGGCAUUUUUAAAAAAAAACUUCUAUAAAACUUAAACUUAAAAUUGUAA